CCCGAAUCUUGCUUAAAAAGUGGAAAUAUUGGGUUAAAUUUAUAGACUAUUUUCCUUCUUUCUGUGCCCUAUUGACUUGGUUAGGCGAGCGAUGUAGAAAAUGGACGCUCUCAUGCCGGCGAAAGAAAUAAUCUCGUCUACUGUCCUCCAAUCACCAGGUUCUAUUACAUAGCAGACGGGAGAUAUACGGUUCCAGUUUCCUUUCUUCAAGGGGUUUUGUUCACUAUAUCCCCCAGCAAUUUCCAUCAUGCCAAAAAUUUAAACGCCUAGCAUUGCGCGAUGCCACGGCAGUCCACUGUACCUACAGGGCUGAUAGCCGGGAAUCAUCUUACCACAUUCUUCAUGUCCCUUCUCGUUUCUGUGCAUUCAAGUCUAAUCCGAUGAAUCAUCGUUGGGCUACGGCGGACAGUCCGCUUAGCGUCAUGUGCGCCGCGCCCAGUAGAACAGCCGCGCCAUCCGUGACCCCGACAGGCUUGCUUUCCUGCAUCUAAAGCGAGGAAUCCGAGACAUUGUGUUAAAGUGCGUGGCACACCGUUGAGCUUACGGUAUAAGGCUUCCUCAUGGAGAUGAUCAAUUGCCGAUUCUAUAGUUUACUAUCCAAAUUGCAACCAUGUUUAUGUACGCGUGUUUCAACAAGUCGAGUGCAAACUAUAUCCAACCAAACCUUGAGAAUCCUUCAGUGCUCUCCCACAGCGUUGGCACCCCGCCGUCGGGGUCUCGCUACGGCGACUGGUGGGGCCCGCUCUGCGCCGUCGACCACGGAAUGACCGGAAGAAGCCUUCAGUUUCAGCGCAGAUUCGGACUUUGCCACGUGCCCGGUGUAAGGACCAAAAAAGGAAGAAGACAUGUAGAAAGCCGAGCGAGAAGGGCAAUUGGAAAGUAUUUAUCUGCUCGUGAUGGAGAUCAGCGCAGUGCGAAGGGCAGUCGGGUCGCAUAACCUCUGCGAUUGUCCGGCUAUACGUGGGAUGGCCUCGGGUAGUGGAAAGCUUAAGUCAGAAGCUUAUUAAAGCAUCCUCAAAUAGUAACGGCAUGCUGCAGACAAACCAGCACGCUUGCUAAGCAAAUGUAGGGGAAAUACGGCGCUUCUACAGCAGCAGGCGACAAACCAGGCCCGCUAAAGGCCGCUGUAACGGUACCUCUACCUCGCUACUGGACGCUGCCGUGCGCGUGUCAGCAAUCCCCCCCAAGGGGAUGCCCCUCCCCUACCCCUCCUCCGCUCGCCGCCCAAAAAAAAAUUACCACCACCACCGUCCAUCCUUUCUCAAUUUUGCCCGUCCUCCUCCUUUCCCUUUUAUUAGUCCAGCUCCGCUCGCCCCUACAUCCGCCUUUUGUCUUUUGCUUCUUCUCUCCUCCUACUCUUCUCGACAUCACCAUAUUUUUCUUUCCCCUAGCACUGCUUUCCCCCGCCCACCCAUAACUUCGCCCAGCCUUGGCUGCGAAUUGCCUUCGCGAUCCACCCCUCCUUUGGCCGGAAACGAACGACAGCUACCGAUCGCCCAGACCACAAAAGCCACCAGCCUCAUCGCUAAUCCUCUGCUGCUGGCACCUGUUUUCUUGCUGUUGCUUUUAAAUACCGCCCAUCCCCUAGGGGUUAUCUAAUCACCACACAGUCUUUUGUGCUUGCAUCCGUCUACCCCGCCGCUGUUUUGCUCAAGCUGCUGCUGAUUGCUUCAGUCGCCGGUUGCUCAAGCUAGUAGAACUCACACUUCUCUUGCAGCCAAACGCACUCCAACUGCAAUCAUGCCGUCCUCAUCAACUCCGGGCGCUGCGACGCCAAACACCAUUGCCUCGGCAUUUGGUAUGCCUCGCAGCAACUCCCCGGCUGGCUCGAACCGCUUCCCUCGCCGAAUCAGCCCAAAUCAAACCUCAAACACAACUCCAGCGUCCUCUAUCGACUUUGACCGCCUUAGUCUCGAGCAGCGAGAGCAGCUGCGCCUGCAAGGUGGCUCAAUGUCGUCAUCCCAGGUCAACACCCCUGCUUCCCCCAUUCAUACCGAAGCUACGCGCAGGAUCCUCGCUGGCCUCAACGAUGGCUUUGGUGGCAGUGGUAGCAACUCUCCCCGCGGCAGCAUGGACAGUGUCCGCAGCACUUCAAGUGCUGACUGGCCAGUCCACCCUAAUGAGCUCACUACCAUAGGUCAGCUUGAUACGCUGCCCAUUGGCACCUCUGUCAACUUCCGAGCCCGCAUCUACACACAACGCCAGCUUUCCAAGGCACUUGACUUCCUCCUGCUGCGCGACCAGACUCAUUCUGUUCAAGGUGUCAUCGCUCGUCACGACACAGACCUGAUUAGCUGGGUGCAAAAGCUGCCCCCAGAGUCGCUUGUCCAAGUUGCAGGUACACUCAAGCAACCGCCUGAGCCAAUUCGUUCCGCAACCCAGUCCAGCAUUGAAAUCGAUAUCGAGGCCAUCCAUCUCGUCAACCUUGCCCAACACACUCCCUGGAACAACUACAAGCCUCCAGAGACUCUGCGUAACCGCAUGUCCUCCCGUAUUCUCGACCUCCGCCAUCCUUCCAACCAUGCUCUCUUCAGGAUCCGCUCUCUUGUUAUGCGCAAGUUCCGAGAAACACUUGAAGAGCAAGGCUUCCUUGAAAUCAAUACCCCCAAGCUCCAGCCUGCAGCGACAGAGAGUGGUGCCGCCGUCUUCAAGGUCAACUACUUUGGCCGCAACGCCUUCCUUGCCCAGAGCCCACAGCUCGCCAAGCAAAUGUCCGUCUCGGCCGAUUUUGGCCGUGUCUUUGAGAUUGGUCCUGUGUUCCGUGCAGAAAACUCCAACACGCAUCGUCAUCUCACAGAAUACACGGGUCUAGAUAUUGAAAUGGCUAUCGAGAACGACUACCACGAGGUCAUUGCUGUUCUGGACGACUUCCUCAAGUCGGUCUUCAAAGCCGUCUAUGCCAUGCCCGAAAUUGAACAGGUCAAAAAGAGAUGGCCCAGCAAGGAGUUUAAGUGGCUGGACGAGACCCUGAUUCUAGACUUCACUGAAGGUAUUCAGAUGCUCCGCGACGACGGCAGAGAUGUUCCCAUGGAGGAUCUCUCCACGCCAGACGAGAUGCGUCUUGGUGAGCUUGUCCUCGAAAAAUACGGCACCGAUUACUACGUCCUCGACCGGUUCCCCACAAGCGCCCGCCCGUUCUACACGUACAAAGAUCCCGAGGAUCCCAACUUUACACGAUCUUUCGAUAUAUUCAUCCGUGGCCAAGAGAUUUGCUCUGGCGGUCAGCGUAUUCAUAAUGCCCAGGAGUUGCGUGACAAUCUCGCAGCUGCAGGCAUCGCUGAGGAGGGUAUGGAGGACUAUUUGACGGCCUUUGACCUCGGUGCUCCUCCCCACGCCGGCGCUGGUCUCGGCUUGGAGCGCAUCGUAGCUUGGAUGCUAGAAAUUGGCGAUGUCCGCUACGCGUCUCUCUUCCAUCGUGACCCCAAGUCGCUUCCUGAGCGCAAGCCUGGGCUGCCACACCCCGAAGCCGACACCACGAAGCACCUUGCAACACCGCCCCAGAUUGAAAAGCUCAUUGCCAACUAUGGUGAUGCCUCCAACACGUCAUGGCUCGACGAACGCUUCUUGAUCUGGCGCCACGAAACUGGUGCUGCCAUUGGCUACGUCAAGCACGGCAAAUUCGCCAUGGUUACUGGUGAUCCUCUGUGUGAUUCUUCUCAAUACAAGGACGUCUGCCAAUCAUUCGUCAAGUUUGUCACACAAGAUCUCAAGCUGGUCCCCAUGUGGAUGCUUGUCUCCUUCGACGUCCAAAAGAUCCUAGGCCGCGAUCUCGGCUGGCGAACACUGUCUUGUACCGAGGAGCAGCGCAUCAAUGCCGACAAGCAUGUCACCAGCACUGAUCCCGCCAAGGCCCGUCGUGUAGAGCGUGAAGGUGUCAAGAUCCACGAGGUCAAGGUCGACGCCGACUUCAUCAGCCGAGUCGAUCCCGAGAUUCAAGCCUGGAAGGACAACAGAAAGGGCAAGCAAGUCCACUUGACUGAAGUGCGACCCUGGGUUGACCAGGCUCAUCGCCGCUACUUUGUUGCCGAGAAGGACGGAAAGGUACAGUGCCUCGUCGUCCUCGCCAAGCUGUCUCCCAAGCACGGCUGGCAGGUCAAGUGGGCACUCGACUUCCCCGGAGCCGUCAAUGGUGCUAUCGAGGUCCUCAUUGAGCACGUCUUUAGCGCCAUCACCGGUCAGGUCACCUUUGGUGUUGGUGCCUCGCAAAAGUUCAAGCCUGGUGAGCACCUCAACGGUAUCCGCGCCAAGUUCCUCGCCACAACCUACAACACCAUCGUCAACCGCCUCGGCCUUCUGCGCAAGACUGGCUUCCGUAACAAGUUUGGCGCUCUUGGCGAAGAUGUUUACAUUUGCUACCCCAGGCACGGUGUCGGACUGAGAGACUUGCAGCAGGUUGUCAAGUUCUUCCAGGAUUAAGUUUAUGCAUACCCUGAUGAUGAGGUUUUUGGAUUAAAGAUAGAGUAGGGUUGGAUUGUUGUUUCUUGUUUUCCUUUCCUGCGCGCAUCAAUACCAUAGGAGUGCGAUAGACGUAUACGGCGUUAUAUUGAAUAUAAGUAAUUUGAAUUCUUCAUCCAUAUGUACUUCUGUGCCUUGACCUCUAGUCAGGUCAAGCAUCUAAAGUGUUAGACCAGUGGCAGAGAACAACCAAUAGUCUGGGAAUCCACGACUCCGUUAUCUCUGUAUCUACUAAGCUUUAUACACAAAAUCACUCGCAAGUAAUGCAAUACAGGGUUUCAUAACUGGUAAAUAGUAUAUUCAAAAAAGAAAACAUAUGAAACUAGACGUCAUUAACCUUUUAUCCCAACCCAAAAGCCCAUUAUGUGGUAUAUAAAUGCAAUUUCAUGUAAAAUGAUAAAAUCCGACAAGUUAGUCAAAAACGUCGGUCAAGUAGCGCUCGUUGCGGUACUUCUCGAACCAAGCACGGGCUUCCUCGUCAGUGACGAUGUGAGCGAGCUUCUUGGUUCCGCUCUCCUUGAUCAUGGCGAUGCAGGCAUCCUCAAUGCCCUUACCGACAUCACGGCUGCCGCAGACGUAGAUCUUGGCACCCAUAUCCCACAGCUUGUAGAUGUCCUCGCGGUCGUGGUACAUGCGGUCCUGGACGUACUUGCAGCCCUCGGACUUCUCAGUAUCGCGAGAGUAAGCGCGGCGGACCUCGACGGCGCCGAGCUGCUCCCAGCGAGCAAACUCUUCGGCGUAGAGAUCGUCGGCAUCAGGCGAGCGGCAACCGAAGAAGAGAAUAGCAGGGGCAACCUUGCGGCCAGCGGCAAUCAUGGCAGCACGCUCCUGGACGAAGCCACGGAAGGGGGCGAGACCAGAGCCGGCGGCGACACCAAUCAGAGGAACGUUCUCAGCAUCAGUGGGCAGGUGGAACUUGACAGAGGGGCGAACGGAAACGUGCAGCUUGUCGCCGACGUGAAGCAGAGAGAGGAAGUUGGUGGUGACACCAACGUGGUCGCCCUGGCCAGAGAGGGCAGGCUGGUUGAGAACCGAGUAGGUCAGAGUGAGCUUGGUAGGAUCGGCGAGAGGCGAGGAGGAGAUGGAAUACUGGCGGACGCGCAUGGGAGGCAGCAUGGCGAGGUAGGCACCGAAGGGCAGGUUAACGGUAGGGAAGCGCUCGAGGAGAUCAAGAACGGAGAGACGCUUAGCAGUGACCUGCUCCUGGUGGUCAUCUCCAGCAAGCUUCUCGAGAGCAGCAAUGGUGUCCUUGUCCUCGGUGGCACUGAUCAAUUCGGCGAUGUUCUAGAAGAUUAUUAGCAACAGAGUACAGUGACUGUGGGUAACGGCAGGCUGUGGACUUACACGUCUGGUAGCGGGCUGGCUCAGCUCAACGUAAGCAGUAAGAAUGUCGUUGGCAGAGACAGCGGUGCCAGUAGGGAGAGCAGUCGGGCGAUCAGCGGUGAUCUUGAUGUAGGAAUCCCAGCAGAGCUGGAAGCGACGGAAGACACGAGAGACAAUGGCCUUGGGGUUGAAGGGGAGAACAGCGAGAUAGUCUCCAGCCUUGUAGGUCAUGCCAGUGGGAAGCUGGAUCUCAAUGUGGUUCUUGGUGGCACCAGAGGUAGAAAGGGUUCUGGUGUCAAGAACAACAGCCUCUUCAACAUCCUGGCGGAGGGUGCUCUGGCGGGGAGUGGUGACCUCGACGGUGAAGGGAGCAGCACCGGCGGCGUCGGUGUCAUCGGAGCCACCGAACUUGGUCUUGACAGCGGGCCAGAAAGACUCAUCCUCCCAGGUCUCAAAGUCUCCAAACAUGUCGCUAUCAGCAGCAUCAGUGGUGGCAAGCUCAGUGAGUCUCUCACCACCAAGCUCAGCCAGCUUAGCAUCGACAAGCUUGGGAAUGCGGUGGAAAGUCUGGGCCCAGUCGUGGUGACCGCAGCCAAAGACGGAGUAUGAAACACCCUCCAUCUCCUUGCCCUUGAGGCUCUCAAUCCAGUCGACAAAGUGAGCGGCGUUGGAAGGAGCCUGGCCUUCGUAGGAUGCAGUGACAAUGACGACGGGGCGGUCCUUGGGGAGUUCCUGGUUGGCAGAAUCCAGAGGGCCGAGGAUGCUGGCAUCGAAGCCGUGCUGAGGAGCAUCAGCAGCAACGCGCUGAGCCAGAGCCUCACAAGUACCACUGUUGGAUCCGUAGUAAACGGCCAUGGGCUUGCGGUUUGCGGCGGGGACGGCGGCAGCAGCGUUCUUCGCCUUGUCAGUCUCGUCCUUGUUGACACCCUUGCCGGCGAGUCUCUGCUCAAGCUCAGUAGCAGUCAUGUUGUGGCGGAGUGUGGCCCGCAUGUUGAACUCCUUGGGCUUGACGGUGAGAGUCUCCUGGGUCUUCAAGACGUAGUUGGGGUCAUCGAAAGUGAAGUUGAAGUUCUGGAUCAUCAUGGCCAUGGCGAGAACAGCCUCUUGCCAGGCAAAGGGGCGACCAAUACAGGCACGCUGUCCGUUGCCAAACGGCUUCCAACAGUUGGGGAAUUCCUUUUGCAGUCUAGCAAAGUUCUCGUCAAGCAUGCGGUCGGGGUUGAAAACUUCGGCAUCUUCACCGUAGACAGUGUGGUCCAGGUGAGAGCGAGUGAGCAGCAGGAUGAUUGGCUCGCCCUUGGGCACGAAGUACUUGCCACCAACGAGGGUGUCCUCAUAGGGCUCAACACCAAUAGCAGCAAUGGAAGAGCUGAGGCGGAGAGUCUCGCGGAGAAUAGCAGCAAUGUAGGGAAGCUUGGUCAUGUGUUCAAUGGUAAUCUUCUCGCGGCCAAUGACCUCAUCAACUUCUUGCUGGACCUUGCGGUAAGCGGCAGGGUUCUUAAGCAAGUGGUAGAAAGCAAACGAAAGCAUGCCAGAGGUUGUUUCGUGACCAGCAAUCAGGAAAGUAAUGAGCUGAUCAGUGAUGUUGGCAUCACUGAGCUUCUGGCCAUCUUGAGGGUCGACACCAGCCAACAUGGCAUUGAGGAGAUCCUUGCGAUCAGAGGGGUUCUCCUUGCGGUUCUUAACAACAGUAUCGGCGACAUCGCGCAUGGUGUCGAUGUCCAUCUGGUACUUCUCGUCGGCCGCGCGGUAGAGGAAGCUGGGAGCAAAUGAGGGGCGCUUGUUGCGAACACCGCACUCAGUCAGGAAGUCACCCAUAGCCUGGACGAAGGGAUGAAGGUCUUCGUGGUAGAACGAGUUGAAACGGUAGUCCAUCGAGCAGAGAGCGAGGGUGUCGAGAGCGAGCUUGGUGAAGUCGUCACUGGCGGGAAUGGGGGUCGUGGGGCCGUGGCGAGCAAUCUUCAUGGCAAGCUGGC